UGUGGUCCACUGUGAAUUCAUCGAUAUCAGGUGGUGCACUUUAAAAAGUUGCACGUGUUCGAAGUUAAAUUGGUUUUUGUUUAAUUUGGCGAGUGAUUUAGAGAUUCGGGGCCGCCAUGCAGCACGACGAUGUGGUUUGGAGCAUCAUCAACAAGUCGUUCUGCUCGCACAAAGUCAAGACCGACACGCGCACCUUCUGCCGGCAUGAGUACAACCUGACGGGUCUCUGCACCCGCAGAACCUGUCCCCUGGCCAACUCACAGUAUGCCACCGUGCGCGAGGAGAAGGGCAUCAUCUACUUGUUCAUCAAGACGGCGGAGCGGUCCCACAUGCCCAGCAAGCUGUGGGAGCGGAUCAAGCUGUCCCGGAACUUCGAGAAGGCCAUCGAACAGAUCAACGAGAACCUGGUUUUCUGGCCCAAGUACAUGAUUGCCAAGAACAAGCAGCGUUUCCUCAAGAUCACCCAAUACCUGAUGCGAAUGCGCAAGCUGAAGCUGCGCCGCCAGAAGCUCAUCGUCCCGCUCUCCACAAAGAUCGAGCGGCGGGAGGCGCGACGCGAGGAGAAGGCCUUGGUGGCCGCCAAGAUCGACAACCACAUCGAGAAGGCCCUUAUGGAUCGUCUCAAGAACGGCACCUACCGCGACAUCUACAACUUCUCACAGACCGCCUUCAACAAGGCUCUGGAGGCGGAACGGGUGGACGAGGAAGACGAGGACCUGGACGACGAGGAUGAGGAGGAGGAGCACGAGCGCGAGAUGGAGGUGGACGCCGACGCCGACGAUUCCCGCGAGGCUGUCGAGCUGCAGAGGUCUCUGCUCGACGAGGAGUUCGUGGAGGCCGACACGGAUGAUGAGGAGGAGGACGACGACGACGAUGAGGACUACGACAGCGAUUCUGGCAAGCGGGAGGAGGUCGAAGUGGGCAGCGACUUCGCAGAGUCCGACGAGGACGAUGAUCCGGAUGCUGAUGACAUUGAGGACAUCAAAGUGCCAGCCAAGAAAGCCGCCAGCAAAUCAAAGAAGGACAAGAAAUCGCCGGCGCCCAGUCGUCGCAGCCGCUCGAAACCCAAACUGGAGCUGGAGUACGAGUAUGAAGUGGAGAAGGAGGCGCAGGGCCAGUUGCGCCAUUAGCCAGGUCCACACUAUAUUCCCCAAGCACCCCCACUUAGCUGUUAGCGCUUAUUGUUUAGCCAACUACGUUUGUAAUGCCGCUUAGGAAUAGUAUUUUAUAAAACCCAAGAUGAAAAACACCAAUGCA